AUGUUCGCGGAUGACGUGUCGACAGUAGCAAAGACCGUUAUUAAAUUAAAGAACCAAUUAAAUAUUGUUAGUGACUUCUGUGAUGAGACUGGAAUGAAACUGAACCUAGAUAAGUCUAAAAUUAUGGUAUUCCGUCGAGGUGGACCUCUUAGGCAUUGUGAAAAGUGGACUUUUAUGGGACAAGCCAUUGAAGUUGUUAGUAUAUACAAAUAUCUAGGAACGUUUUUUACACCAAAGUCAUCGUGGUCUAAAACACAGGAAAUCCUUUCACUACAAGCUAACAAGGCUAUGAAUACAAUUUUUCAAUACCAAAAGCAUUUUGGGUACUUUGAUAAUGCGGAUGCUUUCAAAUUAUUUGACUCCGUGGUGAAGCCCAUCUUAACUUCAUCGAGUCUUCAAGAAAAAGUUAAGUCUCUCAACGCUGAAGUAGAAAGAGCAAAAACAGAUUACAUAAAACAGGUGGAAAUUCUGUCUCGAGAGAAAAAAACUGCACAACAAACACAAAUUGAUCUGCACGAGGAAAUUGAUAAACUAAAGAAGGAAACAGAAAAACUCAGUAAGGAAAUAUUGGAAUGGAAGGACGAUGUGUCUAAGCUUACUGAGGAAAAAGUGAAUUACAAGGAGGAGAUUUCAGCAAAGGAACAAGAAUUAACAAGUUUCCAGGAGGCAUAUAAAAUAGAGAAAAGUCAAUUUGAGAAGAUGAUUCAGGAACAAGAUAAGAAAAUAAAAGUUCUUACAGUGGAUAAAACACGCCUUACUAACGAAAGGGCCAAAAAUGAUUCUAUGUUGGGAAAACAUAUAAAAAAUACUGAGCAUUUAGAAAAUCGCGUGAAGGAAUUACAACAAACAAACGUAAACUUGCACAACAUAAACGUUAAUCAGUCAGAAAUGAUUACAACCCUUGGUCAACAGAAAGAAGAACUCGAAGAAGAAAAGAAAAAUCUUCUGCUGAGAUUGAGCAAAUGUGCAGGAGCUAAUUUGACAUACCAGAAUCCAAACAUUGCCGAUCUCAGUGAUGGAAAAAGACCUACAAAGUUAGCCGAGGAAUUCUCGGAAUUAUACGAUAACGAAUGGACAGAUGCAUUUGAGAAACUAGACAUUGACAAUGAUCAAGGAAAAUCAACAUUUAUGUUACAGUUAUUAAAGCGGGCAAACGGGUUAUGCAACGAGCUGUCGGAAAAGCAUGCUGAAUCUAUCAAAAAGAGUUUUUCUACACUGACUUUAAAGUCAAGACAUUCUUCAAAACAAGAACCAAAAGGACGUUUAAAUGGCAAAAUAUCUCGCACAACAUCACCUAAACCGGGAACAUCUACAGAGACAGACCAAGACGAAGCAAAGGGUCCCCGUUUUGACGCUGACAAUGACGACAGCAUUCCAAAACAUGAAACUGAUGGUGUAAAAGCCGAUACCGGCAGUAUUACUACAUUGACGGAAACCGAUGUAGAUCAGAUAACCCAUUUGGAAGCUGUCAAAUAUUCGGACAAUCCAAAACAUGGAACUAAGACUGAAGAAGCAGAGAAAACUGAAUGGAAUGACCAUAAUAUAAUAAGCAAUGCUCCAUCAUCUUCCGGGGAAGGCCUUAAGAAGAAAUCAAGUCUGGCUGCGAAUGACCAUAAUAUAAUAAGCAAUGCUCUAUCAUCUUCCGGGGAAGGUCUUGAGAAGAAACCAAGCCUGGAGAAUGGUAACUCCAUGACAGAUACCGCUGAUAAAGGUUUUGAAGACGCACAUGGACCCGCCUUGAUACAAAAUACAGAACCAGAUAUUGAUUCGGCGCCCCAUUCCGAAGCUGACAUGGACGGAAAUGGUCCAAACACUGAAUACAAGAAUCUGGAAAUAGUCUCUGCCAACAAUAUUGAAUCGCUGAAAGAAUCGAAAGAAAACGAACGCCAUGAAGAAAUAUCCACUACCAGAGAACAGGGUCACGAAAGAAAAGACGACGAAGAGCCAAAGCAAAUGAAAAUGAAACUUGAAUCUGAUUUCGAACUGCUCCGAAAAGAACAGAAGAAAAACAUUGUGGAAGCAAGGAAGUUUUUUGAGGUGCAUCUCUCGGAAAAAGUGGAAAGGGCCGGAAGUGACAUCAUUGUACAGGAACUUGGUAUUGAUCAGCAGAAACAAGAGACUGUUGUUUCAUAUAUUCAGAAGUGCAUGAACAUCUGCUGGUCAAUGUGCAGGCAUGAACCACCCGUGCACAUUGAAUUUAUGGAUGUGGGUGACGACAUUCCUUUCGAUACAAACAAGUUCAAACCUUACACACAAUCGGGGAAACGUCUGGAUUACGUCGUAUGGCCGGCAGUUUAUCUUCAUAAGGAUGGGCCCAUGCUAGCAAAGGGAGUAGCUCAAGGAAAAGGAAAAACCUAACAAAAAAAUAAAACUAACAAGAACAUUAGAAAGAAAUAGUUGACAUUGACACAAUAAAUGAUAAGUCGCUAUUACAGUUUAACGCGUUUAUCAUUCAUCUUAAUUUAAUGUUGUAAUCUGUCUUUAAAAUAAAUUUAGACUGCACAAGUUAUGUAAUAAGAUAUAUAACAUUUCAAAGCAAUGGCACUAGAAUUGACUGUGUGUUAGUUAUAUGGAUAUGACUUCGGUGAUCUAUUGUCAUUUUAGUAAAUUAAUGUUUGCUUGAAGUUUACACAUUUUAUAUACAAGAAUUUGCUUGAUGUUAAAGACUUGCUUAAAAUUUACAUGCUCAGUACUAAAUUUAUCGUUCUGCUCUGUGCUUGCAUCGUUUAGUAGUUUACAUGUACAGAACUUUCUGCAUUAGGGCAACGUGAAAGCCUAUAUAGUUAAUUCAAAUAAAGUCACAUGAAUUCGUUGUAUGAAGAAACCCAAAAUCUUUUCACACACCUUGUCAGGCAUCUGAAGCGCCCUUAAGGUAUUAGAUCACUAAUAGAGAACCUCCUUUUUGAAGAGUAUUUAAUUCCUACCAUAAACCUACUUUUACUGCAAUUCUUAGGGGGGCGUAGGUUCAAGUCCUACCGGGACCAAAUUUUUCUUUCUUUAUUUUCCUUUUGUACUAGUAAGUUUUUACUUCUUUCAAGACUUAUUAUUGAUGUUUUGUACAAAAAUGGGAAAAGGUGAAUCUUAUAAGCGAUUUUUUGGUGUUCAAAGAGAAUUUACUACUUAAACAGAAGGGGUAGAGUUACACAUCUUUAAAAAUAUUGAGUUACGCACGGUGAAAGUUCUCUAUUUUGCUUUCACUCAGAUUAUAUAUUGUGGAAGAAAUUUAGGUAGGUUUUACGUCUUCCCUAAGGUUAUUUUUAAAUGGAGUAAGCAAAAUUCAAAACAGAAACACAUUAUUUGACCUUAUUUUUUCAAUACGGAAGGUCGGUGGUUCUACCCAGGUACCCGCUCGUGAUGAAAUAAUGCACGGAGGGGCACCUGGGGUCUUCCUCCACCAUCAAAGCUGGAAAGUCGCCGUAUGACCUAUCAUGUGUCGGUGCGACGUUAAAUCCAACAAAAACAAAAAACAAAAUUAUUUUUUCAAUGUUUAAGUAUGAAUUCUGUCUCAUUAAAUCCGUUUACUUGAGACACCAUAGAAAAAAUGAUAUUAACAUUUCUAUUUUGUGUUUUAUAAUUGGUUACCAAUAGUUUUAUGUUUCUUCUAUUGAAAUUAAUGGUAAAAUGAGUUCUCUGCAAACGUUUUGAAUAGUGGCUAUCACUUUGAAAUUUGUCUCUACUUGAGCUUGAGGAGAUACCGUAAGUUAUUCAAAAUUUAUAAAAAACGGCACGGUAAAAGUUGAUUAGAAUUUGCAAAAUAGUGCAAAACACGGUUACCUUUCAGAAUAUACCAAGCAAAGGCCAUUUUGUAAACAUUACUAUUAGUGACCUAAUACCUUAAACUAACAAAAAAGGUUAUCAAUCGCAUGACCUAUAAUUGUUUCGGUGCGAUUAUAAGAUCAACUAUUCGUUUAUCGUGAUAUUUAAAAUCUUUUAUCGUUUCAUAAAGUUUAAACCUUGCAUUUAUGUAUGAAAAUACUUGUACACUACCCGAACGAAUUUCCUUUCGCAAAGCAAGCAUUUCAUAUGGCAUAGCUAAACGGGUACAGAGUUCAUAGAUGAAAUACGGGUAGGGACUGUAGUGUAUUAAGUGCAUGUUUGUAACUGCCGUGUUUAUUUAGAUUAUAGAAAAAUCUGAUAGUAUUAGAUGUACUCAAAAUGCUUUUACCUAAUAAUUUUUUAUUAUCCAUCAGCAGUGUGGGUAUUGUAUUUGUCGAACUUUACAAGAGGCAUUCAAUAAAUAAUGAUACUCUGUGUAUAGUUCCGUAACCGUAUUGAAUCCAGAGGGCAAGUGUUUUUUUUUUCCAUUCACCAUACGGCUUAAAGAAUCAGUUGCAAAAUAUGUUAUUAUUCAAGACAUUAGUUACAAUAAAGGUAAAUUGCCCUCUUCACUUUCAGCUUGGCUGGGUAUCGAUGUUAUCCCGAUGGCAGCACCAGAUAAUAACUGGUGCUACCAGUCCGGAAAAAUGUCACCAAAUAUCAUUUCAGCUAUUAUAAUUACUGGUAUUAUUAUUAUUAUUGAAGACAAGAAUACGCACACGCUACAAUUGAAGAUCAGCAUUUACCAAUGAGGUUCAAAAGGCGGACAUAACAGUGCCUUUGAUUUUUUAAUGAACUCUAAAUUUCUCUGUAAAUUGUAAAUAUAUUUUUGUCUAUGUUAAAAUAAAAAGAAAAGAUUUUGUUUUGGUGGUACUUAAGUCUUGAUUCUUUCAGUUUACGUAUUUUGUUCAAAAAUGAUGAAAACUGUAAGAAUAGUUUGUACAUUUAAGUUUAUUCAAGGAUAUCACUGCAUAUGCAUUUGAAGUAUAUUGUGUCACGGGAAUUAGUUUGCCAUUUAUGUAAAUGAAUCAUAUGUUACGAUUCCUCAUUAUGAAAGAUAUAUUCUGAGUUAUACCGAAAUCGGUUAUAUAUAAGUGUACGUUCAAUAUUAUUGAUAUUUUACGGCUUUAAAUGUCUUCUUGACAAAGUUUGUAAAUAUCAGAAAAUAAUUGACGUGCACACCAGAAUAAUAAAAUAUCGUAAAAACUACCUAAAUAGACGAUAUGACAGUAACAGACAAGUGAUCGUCCCGGAAAACAGUAAUGUGUGGCUCUAUGUAGACUCAUUGGUUUUAUAAGAACCACAAGCGCGGAAGAAAUUUCUCAAACUGCUCGGUUGUAAGUCCACAGUGAGAGUUAUAAAUCAAAAUAGAGUCAUCAUGAUUUUUAAAUAUAUUUGAAGGUACAAAUACUCUACAUUUUAUCGUAUCAAUAUAUCAUUUGAUACAUGACAAAGGAAGAACAUAAGCUAUGUUAGUUGUGUUAUGUACAGUUUUCCAUUCGAUCGAAAAAUAUACGUUGAGAACAAUACUUUUGGUUUACUAAUAAACAGUAUUUAUUGACAUAGUUGCAAUUGUUACAAUUUUGCAAAUAUAUAAACAUAAAGGAUUGAGUAGAAAACUAUAUAUAAGUUUAUUUAGAAAGUAUCUGCCUUUCUUUUAUGACAUUCCAUCAAAGUACUCUUCAUGGAACUGAACACUAUGUUUCAUGAUAAAGGAGGAACAUAAGCUAUAUUAAUUAUGUCAUGUACAGUUUUCCGUUCGGCCGGAAACAAUGUUAUGAGAACAAUAGUUUUGGUUUAAACAAUAGUUUUUGACAUAGUUGCAAUUGUUACAAUUUUUCAAAGAUAUAAACAUAAUUAUAUUAACAAUAUUUUUUAUUGCGCAUUUGCUUCGUUUUUUUCUAAAUAAUAGAUUUUGAUUAAACGUUUUGUAUUAAAAGAUCAUGUUAUGACGUAUUGAAAAACGAAAUAAAAAUACUA